UCUUAAGAACAAUAUACAAAACGGGAAACAGUUGCAUAUGAAAUGUACCGCCACAAAGAACACAGCAGAGGACUUAAUGAAGUAGCAAAACGCCUUCUGAACUCUGAGUCAUAUUAACCAUGGCAACAAUCUCUCCAUCUUCUGUAACAAAUCAAACUCAAAUCGAAACUUGUGAUUUAUAUGAACAUGAAGAUUCAGCAAGAAUUUUAUUGCCUACUUUCUACAGUGUUAUUUUCAUAAUUGGCGUACUUGGAAAUGGACUUGCUCUCGCUGUGAUUGUAAAAAAUAGGAAAAAAAUCAAUUCAACCACUAUUUACUCAACAAAUCUUGUUGUGUCAGACAUUCUUUUUACAACAGCUUUACCUACCAGAAUAGCAUACUAUGCCCUGGGUUUUCACUGGCCGUUUGGAGAGGUACUCUGUAAAAUUACAGCCCUUUUCUUUUAUAUCAACAUUUAUGCAGCUGUGAAUUUUAUGACAUGCUUGAGCAUCGAUAGAUUUGUAGCUGUGGUUCAUCCUUUAAAAACCAAGUUCAGAACAGUUAAAAGUGCCACAUAUAUUUUUUGCUUUGUGUGGUGUCUUGUACUUGCCCAAACUCUCCCACUGCUUACACUACCCAUGUCACAUGAAGAAGAAAAAAGGACCACGUGCAUGGAAUAUCCAAACUUUGAAAAAAUUAAACAACUCCCUCUGAUGCUUCUAGGUGCCUGUUUACUUGGAUAUGUAGUUCCCCUUGGAAUUACAAUAAUCUGUUAUUCAAAAAUCAGUUACAAACUCUGUCAAAAUGCAAAGCAAAACCCAUUAGCAGAAAAAUCAGGAACAAACAAAAAGGCAAUUAAUAUAAUUAUCUUCAUCAUCGUUGUAUUUGUAAUCUGCCUUACUCCCUAUCAUCUUGCCAUUAUUAUAUACAUGAUUAAGAAGCUCGUGCAAGGAAAUAUUCCCUGCAGCAAUCAGAAGAUCUUUCAAAAGACGCUCCAUUAUACUGUGUUCCUGAUGAACUUAAAUUGCUGCAUGGAUCCUUUCAUCUAUUUCUUUGCUUGCAGAGGAUACAAAAGGACAAUAAUGAAAAUACUGAGGCGUCAAGGAAGCAUUUCAGAAUCAAGUGCUGCCAGAACUGCUCCCGAUGAAAGCUCCCGGGAUGCUGCAGACACACAACUAGCGCCCCUUUCAGCAACUUUAAAUGGAAAAAGGUUAACACAAGCCCUUUCAUUUUGAACAUGCCUCCAGAAUCUUGAUUUCAAAAAUGCUGGAAAUAGCAAGAAUCAUCACAGCAAGACAGGCAAAGAAAGAAGAGAGAAAAAUCCAAUUGUACAUUUUUUUAAAAAGAAGUAGCCACUUGAUUUUUCAGGAGUGAAGCGGAGGAUGGCUUAUGCAACAUAUCAUUACCACAGAUACUUGAUUUAAUAAUAUUUGGGGUUUUCCAAAUAUUACUUUUUUUUAUCUUUCUCUCAUGUCAGUGUACCUCUAUUUUGGGAUCCUAUUACCCAAGUUCUCAGGAGAAAAGCAACCAGUUUAAUGGGUUUAAAUAACUGGACUCUAAACAAUAUACCUUGGAUUGGCAAAAUAACACGUGACAGAUAUGCAAAAGGGAAUAUUUAACAUUUUCUUUUUCAUAUCUAUAUAUGAAAUACAUUUAUUUAUAUAACAAUCCAUAUAAAAUCAUUUAAUUAUAAACAGUUUUGUUUCUCAGGAGGAGGUAUAUAGAUAGCUUUAGGCAAUUUACUAUAUUGUUAGAAAACAAUCCCCAAGCAUUUAAAUAACUUAUUGAACACUGGAUCCUAUGUUUGGUUUGAUUAUUCCAUGAUAAUUUUAAGAUACAUAACCUACAUAGUUUAAAGGUCAUAUGUAACAAAAGCAGCUGAACCUCUAGGAGGGAAGGCUGAAAGUCUCAAACCUCCUCUCACAGCAGCCCUCUGGGUUUUCACAAAUGGGCACUCUCUUGAGGCAGUGCCUUGCAAUUUCUGCCAUUGUGAGUGCUUCACUUUGUAUCCUUUCCCAAACAAGAAAUGUAAGGAUUUUACAACCUCUACCACCUUUCUGUCUAUUAAAAGAUAAAAAUAAUUUUAAAAAGGUUAAAAUGUAAAUGGAUGAAAUAAUUUGAAUAGUACUGCUUUCUAGUUUAACAAUGAAAAGGUGUGUGGCUAGAAGGUUUAGCAUUUAGAUGUGGUAGCAUUUAGAUGUGGGGGGGGAGGGAAAUCAGGCCAAUCUCAUAAGAGAUAAACAAAAUCAAACAUUAUUUUAAAAAGUGUAGAACAUUUCAACUUCAAGUAUCAACAUUUUCUUUUGCAAGAAGGAAAUACACCCACUCCUCAUUUAGUGACCUCAGUUAGCAGCUAUUCACAAAUAAAAAGGUAAUAAAAUUCAUUUUCUGACCAACGCAUGCAUUUACAAUCAAAUUUUGUGCUCCUGACAACACAUGCCAGUGACAGUAACACUGGCUUAGCUGUGCAACAAAACUUUAUCUGAAUGAAACAACAGCAAUAGGUGAUUUCUCUAUCAUGUGUUCACUUAGUGAUCAUUUCGUUUAAUGACUUGAUCACUAGAAUGGAACAUAGUCGCUAAAUGAGAAGUGGAUGUACAGAUAAAAUGCUUUCAGAAGAUCACAGGGUGCUAUUAUUCUGCUGCAAAUAAACUUUUUAAAAUCUAUGCAAAGUACUGGAGAAAGUUUCAAAGGCGUAUUACAGAUCAAGAAAGAUUCUAAAGAGAAGUUACUUUUCCAUGUACAACCUGAGGAUAUGUAUAAAAAGAUUAUAAAGAUAUAUAUAGAGACUUA